CAGGACUAAAAGAGUCAGAUUUUGAUUUUUAAAGGUUUAGGUUAGGUAGGUUAGGUUUGGUUUAGGUAGGUAGGUAGGUACGAAGAUACGUGAACGUGUUGCUGGUACGUUGACAAAAGCUCUAAUACUAAUAUUGACCAGAAAGUGCUUUGGACCCUAGAGGCCUAGUUAAUAAAUCCGAAGAAAACAAUGGAUGAUGGGGAUAAACAACCAAAUAAAAGGAAAUCAGAAGAUAAGACAUUACAAUUCCAUGAAAUGGAGUUAGAUGAUCGAAUAUUAAAGGCAUUAGCUAAACUAGGAUGGCAGGACCCUACUCUCAUUCAAGAAAGAGCAAUUCCUUUCCUUUUGGAUGGAAAAGAUGUGUUAAUCCGGGCUCGCACUGGUUCGGGUAAAACUGGGGCUUUUGCAAUACCGGUUAUUCAGCGAAUCCUUUUAAGUAAACAAGUUGCAAAGGAGCAAGCAGUUAGAGCGUUAAUAUUGGCACCAAGUAAGGAACUUUGUAGCCAGAUUCAUUCACAUAUCCUUGAACUAACACAGAAGUGCUCCAGGGAAGUGCGAUGCGUUGACAUUUCUCCUCAGGUAGAAGUAGUAGCUCAGAAGCCACUCCUGGUAGAGAGACCAGAUGUUGUGAUUGCUACUCCAGCUCGAGCUCUGCUGCAUCUCAACACCAAGUCCCUUUCUAUUACAAACUCCCUGGAAAUGCUAGUUAUAGACGAGGCUGAUCUUAUGUUUUCGUUUGGCUAUGAAGACGACGUAAAAGAGGUUCUGAAAUUUUUACCAAGGGUUUACCAAGCAAUGUUAGCAAGUGCUACUUUGAGCGAAGAUGUUCUUUCCCUUAAGAAACUAAUCCUGCACAACCCUGUGAUACUGAAACUACAAGAGUCCGAGCUAGCACCUGUCACCCAACUGACCCACUACAUAAUCAACGCUGAGGAACAAGACAAAGCGGCAAUACUGUAUGCCUUCUUGAUGUUGAGUCUUAUCAGGGGGAAAACUAUCAUUUUUGUCAAUACAGUCGACAGGUGUUAUAAAUUGAAACUAUUUUUGGAACAAUUUGCAAUCAAAACUUGUCUACUCAACUCAGAGUUGCCUGCCAAUGUCCGUUGCCAUUCCGUCUCUCAGUUCAACCAAGGAGUUUAUGACAUUAUCAUUGCAUCUGACGAACAUUCGCUGGACCAACCUGAUGCUGGCUCUUCGGUUGAUUUAAAACAGAAAAGAAAAAGGAAAAGAGAUAAAGAGUCUGGAGUAGCUCGAGGCAUAGAUUUUCAGCAAGUGUCAAAUGUCAUAAAUUUUGACUUUCCACUCAGUGUGAGCUCAUACAUCCACAGAGCCGGUCGCACAGCCCGGGGAGUCAAUCAGGGCUCAGCUCUGUCAUUUGUGAGUGUGAAAGAGCGACCAAUGAUGGAAGUUGUUGAAGAACAUCUGAAAACUGACCUAUGUCACAAUGGCAACCUAUUCAAAAACUACCAGUUUAACCUGGAGGAAGUAGAGGGGUUUCGCUACCGAGCUAAGGAUGCUUGGAGAGCUGUCACAAGGAUAGCUGUUAGAGAAGCUAGGCUUAAAGAAAUAAAGGAAGAAAUGCUCAACAAUGACAAACUCAAGGGUUUUUUUGAGGAAAACUCACGUGACUUUAAGGCUCUGCGGCACGACAGAGCCCUGCACACAGUCAAGGUUCAGAGACAUCUGGCUCAUGUUCCUGACUACUUGGUGCCUCCCUCACUGAAGAGACUUAUCCCUCGCACUGUCUCGGCACACACCAGCACCAGCGCCAGACACAGUGGCUCUUACAGCCGCAGGAAGUACAAGGCCCGGCAGAAAAACCCAUUAAGAAGUAUGGAGUUUGAUGGAUUCAAAGACAGUGCAAGAAAGAAAUAACAUUUGAAAAGGAAUUCCUUUGGAAUGGAUCACACUAUUAAUUAAUCAUUACUGAAUACAGAAGUCAUUUCAUAUUCUAGUGCAUCUGUAUAUUUUGCUUGGCAUUUUGAAUUAAACCACUGUAAAUAUUUGAUAAA